CCCCCCGGCAAGCAUGGCGCAAGCACUGGGAUUGGGCGCAGGUUUCAAGGCUUUGGUGCCUACGCUGGCCAUCAUUUAUGGAGGACAAGCAGUGGCCAGCGUGCCCGCCAUCGCAUACAAGACCGAAAAGUUCUACGAUCUGACAGGUUCGCUGGGAUUCUUUUCAGGCGUAGCAGCCUCUCUCUACUCCCCUUACCUCACCCGUCGUUUCAUCCAAGGCGACAAAUCAGCCAUCCUGCCCAAUCUCCGCAGCUUUGCACCUAGACAGCUCAUAGCCAGCGCUCUGGUCGUCGCUUGGGCCGCUCGCUUGGGAAGCUUCUUGGCGCUGAGGAUACAAAAGAGCGGAAAGGAUGAGAGGUUCGAUGAGAUCAAGCAGAGCCCUGUCAAAUUCUUUGGCGCUUGGAUGGCUCAAGCCACUUGGAUCACCCUUACCGCCCUGCCUGUAUGGCUGAUCAACGUCUUGCCAGCCAAGGCUCAUCCUGCGCUCGGCAUCGUCGACGUUGCAGCGCUAGGUCUUUGGGCUGCAGGUUGGGGACUGGAAAUCGUUGCAGAUAGGCAAAAGAGCGCUUGGAGAGAAGCGCAAAAGGCUGGCAAGCACGAUGAGAAGUUCAUCAGCUCUGGUACCUGGUCCGUCAGUCGUCAUCCAAACUACGCUGGCGAAGUGACGCUCUGGUCUGCCCAAUUCCUCCUCUCUGUCCGAGCACUCUCUUCCAGUUCCUCUGUGGGCAUCCUGGGCCCUGCACCCGUGCUGCUCGGUCUAGCAGCUGUAGGACCGCUGUUCGAGUACUCGCUUAUCCGCUUCGCAAGCGGCGUACCCUUGCUCGAAAAGGGCAUGGACAAGAAGCUGGGAGAUGAGUGAGUGGGCGGGGUUGCAGGUGCAGGUGCAGGUGCAGGUGCACGGAAGGACUGCUUGGGGUGGCGAUGGUGGUUAUGCAUGCGCAUUUGCGAGGGCGAAACCAGAAAUGCUGAAUUUGCUUCCUUCUUCUUCUCCUCCUCCUUCUUCUUCGCCCCUCUCUUUGACAACAGCCCCAAGUACAAAAAGUACAAGGAGACGGUACCCUGCUUUUGGCCAAUCGUCGGAUCUACAAAGUGAAAGCUGGGGCACGGAGACGCACGCGCAGCCAGCAAUGCAGAGGCCGAUGAGAAACUUUCGUG